GAUCUGUACAAGGACGUCAUGAUGGAGGAUCACCGGCCCCUCAUAUCACCAGUAAAGGAAGAGAUAAGAACACCGGAGAGAUGUCCCAGUCCUCUUCUUCCACAGGAUAAUUCAGAAGAACAUCACUAUGUCCUACAGUAUGGUCAGGUAGUUGGAGAUAAGGUCAUCAAGAUGGAGGAUCACCGGCCUUGUACAUCACCAGUAAUGGAAGAGAUAAGAACACCGGAGAGAUGUCCCAGUCCUCUUCUUCCACAGGAUAAUUCAGAAGAACAUCUCCAUGUCCUACAGUAUGGUCAGGUAGUUGGAGAUAAGGUCAUCAAGAUGGAGGAUCACCGGCCUUGUACAUCACCAGUAAAGGAAGAGAUAAGAACACCGGAGAGAUGUCCCAGUCCUCUUCUUCCACAGGAUAAUUCAGAAGAACAUCACUAUGUCCUACAGUAUGGUCAGGUAGUUGGAGAUAAGGUCAUCAAGAUGGAGGAUCACCGGCCCUGUACAUCACCAGUAAAGGAAGAGAUAAGAACACUGGAGAGAUGUCCCAGUCCUCUUCUUCCACAGGAUAAUUCAGAAGAACAUCACUAUGUCCUACAGUAUGGUCAGGUAGUUGGAGAUAAGGUCAUCAAGAUGGAGGAUCACCGGCCUUGUACAUCACCAGCUUGUGAAUCCGGGUGAAGAUCUGAACAAUAUUAAUCCUAC